UGGGUUUGUGUACCAUAUCAACGCUGGAUUUCCCGAGUUUAGCAUAUUAUACCCUCCCAGCACCUUUCUGAAGAUUGCCCACCAGGAAUAGAGCAGUGAACUCCGCCUCUCAGUAUUUAAAUCCACAAUAUCACCCGGAGCUCAGAGAACUGGAGAACUUGAUCUUGACCAACACGCUUGGAUUCGUGGGAAUAAAUCCUCCCUCUGAGCUCUAAUUGCCUAAAAGGUUCCAUCUGCAAUCUCCAAUCCGCCUAUCUUGGACACAUUAUCACACUUUUUAUUUAUUUAUUUAUUUUUUUCCUCCCACUCCUGGGAUUUAACCUUCACCCAGUCCGUCACUUCGCCCCCUCCUACCCAGAAAGAGGGUGUAUAGUUGGAGUCGGCCCGGAGAUGCGGUUCUUUUUCCCGCUGACUGUGUAUUGCAUCAGCCUGCUUUCCCUCCAGCAGGCUUUGCCGGCUGAGGAGACACCCGGCAUGAACAGGUUGGAUGUUCUCAACAAACUCAUUGGCCAGAAAGAUGAUAACGCUCCCGCUGCAGAAAGCCAGACCAUCAGCACGGUCCCAUCUUCAGCCCUGAGCCGAUCCCCAAACCGGCUGCCUGGAUUCAUGAAACAGCGACUGGCAUCAGGAGCAAGAACAGCCUCCCCGGCCUUGGCAUGGGCACGGUCCACCGAGGCUUUGCAGGUUGAGCGACGGGCACCGAGAGCUCGUCGCCAUGCCCACUCACGAGGGGGUCACCACAACCAUCACCCUGCCAAACUGAUGCGGGUGGGUUGCGUCCUGGGGACCUGUCAAGUGCAGAACCUCAGCCAUAGGCUCUAUCAGCUUAUUGGCCAGAGUGGCAGAGAAGACUCUUCUCCCAUUAAUCCCAGGAGCCCCCACAGUUUUGGAUGACUUCGAUAAAACCUCCAAAUAGCCACAGCAAGUCUAUCUAUUGCUCCAUUUAUUUAUUGUUUCUUAAUGUAUUACUGAUAGUUAUUGCAUUAGAGUUUGAUGUAGUACACAACUUUUAUUAUACCCGCCUUAGAUGACUGUUGCUUCUACUUUUUGUGCACAAUAUAUGGAUUUAAAACUUUAAAUCAGGACUGAUUGAAUCUUCUUUCAAGCCCCUGAACUGAUUUCUCCCACCAUCAUGAGAAAGUUUGGCUUGAGGGUUAGUGAUGUCUUUCUGAAUCUUCCUCUGGAACGUUCAAAAGAAGCCAAGAGAUCCCAGGCUGAUGUUUAAAUCCUGUUAAUAUAAGAAUGAAGGCUUGUCUUCAACACCAUCCAGCGGCCUGGUCCUAUCUGCCCACUGACCUCCACAGGAGUGGUUAUCCUGCCGCUCACUGAUCAAACACUUAAGCCAUUAAUGUGGAUUUGAAGCUGCAGCGUGAGCUGGAGCCCUGUCAGAACCAAUGUAUUUUAGAGAACUCGUCGGCGACUCAGUGAACCCUUUCACCUCUUUUCUGUGCCCCCCUUUGUCUUAAUUUUGGACUAACAUGCAAUUUCAGUUUGAACACUGACACCCCUGGAGCAGAUCGCAAGUUUCCAGUUGAACUGCGAACUCAUCAUUCAGCAAGACUUUACCACAGAGAGAGGAGAGGGUCAGCAUCUGUUGCUUUGGAUGGAAUGCAAACAAACGGACUCCCCUAAGUAUCGCUUUCAAUUUUGAGCUACAGUGGCUGGUUGGCUAUCACAGCACAGUGAACUUUGGAGUCAUGGAUCAGUCCUCUGUCACGCCGCUGCUGCCAUUCUCCCUGCUGGAAGCCAAGUCUGAAAUAUUAGCCUUUUCACGUGAUUCAUAAGUUCCCUGUGGAAGUCAGGACUUUGGACUGACAGCAGUUUAAUAAACCUAAUGGUUCAGUCACAAUGUGAGGGGUAGGUGGGGGCUGGGGGGCUUUCCAAGUCUCCCGCUGUCUGCGGCGCUAAUGCGAAAUACGCAAACGUGCAGAUACUAAAGGCUUGGCAAAUGGUAAAAAUAAGCCCAUGUUCCCAUAGUUACAGUGUUGUCGAGUAGUUGUAACAGAGCGAUGUGGGCUCUUGGUCUGGACGAAGGUGUUACUGUUGAUGUUUCUCAGUAGCUCGAUAUUCGCUUAUAGAUCGAUGACAUAAAACCAAAAACACAAAUGUUCAUUUGACCUUCUUUACGUUCCUUUGGACGUCUUAUGCUCUGGGACCAACUGAAGGAGUUCUGUGAAAACUGCUACUGAGUGUGCACAUGAGUGUAUCUGUUCCUAAAUGUUUUCCUCUGUGUUUCAUUAAAGUGGAGGCUGUACAAGCCUGCAAUCUGCUGAUGAGCCAAGUCUUUGAUGCCAACUGUGUGAAGAGAAGUCUUUUUUAGGAAGACUGAAUAAGAAAAGUUCAGCUACAUGUUACAGUUGGUAAAACACCCUUGAUGUUGAUGUGUAAUGGGCUAAAUGGGUUUAAAUUAGUCCUGAGAUGAUGGCCAAAAGCUUUACGACUACAUUGCUGGUUUGUAAUGAGGGACCAGAGCAACCAAAAUGUUAGGUGUAGCAGUGCCCAGUUUCAAAUAUGUACACGAAAUAGCAAAAACACAAGUCCUAACAUUUCCUCUCACUCUUUUUAUAUUCACGUCCAAAGUGGUGGGCAGACGAUGGACUGAAAAUAACCGAGGUUUCCUCAUCAAGAGUCCUAGAAUUGGGUUAAACCUUACAAAAACUGUAAAACAUAUAUUUAAUUUCUCUAUUCCAAGUCUUUACUAUAUGUUUGGCUACUCUUUAUGUCUUUUUAAAGGAUACAGGCCACUGAGCGAUAUCUGGUUAUUACUGAUGUUAGUUUAAAAUCACCAAAUACCUGAUAGUACUUGACAAAUGGACUUUACAGUGUGCGCUUCUUUUAUAGCCUGAUGUCUUUCUCCUUUUUUACAUGUUUGCAUUUAGUCUCUUUUUCUAAUCCUGUCUGUAAUUGUGGGGGCUGUGAGGUCACAGGUCGCAAUAAUCAGAGGUCUUAAUCUGUUCAAAGGCUUGUUGAGGUGCAACUCUCUGCUGUAAUGGAGCUAAUCAGUGUCUCGUGACCGAUCAUUAAAAGGCUUUCAAACGCUAAAACAACCUGGUUGAUUUCUGUACUUUUCAGAAUGUCUCUCUCUCUCACACACACACACACACACACACACACACACACACACACACACACACACACACACACACACACACACGAUACAUGUGUGUGUGUGUGUGUGUUUGCGCUGCUAGCCUACCAGGAAACUUAUCUCCUGUGUUUGAUCUGCGCUCUGGAUCGCUGUGCUCCUGGUCCCUGUAUUGUAACGUCUUUUGUUUAAACGCAGUGUGUUCUUGUGACAUCAGACAUUGCUUCAUGUGGGGCUGUAUGAGCAAACUGUCCACGACCGCUGAUAUGUCCGCACAGAGCAAGCAUCCAGAGCCAAUCAGGCAGAUUUGAGGUUAACAGUGUUUCUGUUACAAACAGGCACAUCUGGUUUGUUUUUGCUUGUUUUCCAUCUGAGAGACACCCGAUCUUCUUUAGAUCACAGGAAGCACUUUAAAGCAUGUCUGUCAAACGUUUGUCACAACUUGAAUUUUGCUCCCUGUAACAGACUUAUGAAAAGCCCUGAUGUACUUAUGUAAAUGUGGCUGUCUGCGAAUGUGUUUGAAGAUGUCAGUGCCUUCCACGUGGCUUCACCGUGAGCGUCACGGGCACCUGUGAAUAUUUACAUAAUCAGCCAAAGUAUUUAAAAAAGUAAUGUAUUUAAGUUAUCUUUGUAUGUUUAUGUCUGUGUAUCACCAAAGUUUUUCCACUGCUGCUUAAACAUGGUAAGAAAAGAAGUCUGUUUGUUUGACUUUUGAAAUAAAAAGGUGU